AAUCAGUUCUCUUCCAGAUUGCAGAACGCAGCCAUACGAGCAAUUUUCCUGCUUUGGAUUAUCCAGUCGAGGAAGCGUUUUGACUUAUUGCAUCAGAAGGGAGAGAAUGCCGGAGGACAGCCGGAAGAAGUACGCAGAUCAGAUGUCGAGGUGAUCUCUGUCUCUCUCUGUCUCUGUCUCUGUUUCUCUGCCUCUCGGCGAUGAAUUGGAUAUGACCACAUCGAUCAAAAGCUGCUACUUCUUGAGUUCUGAAUCUAUUUGUAUAGGAAGCUCAAACAAGACCUGUUCAGCAUCGACCAAAAGACUGGCCUUUGCGCCAAAAAUAGGGAAGCUAUUUUCCUAUUUCCUUCAGAAGCUCCCUCAUCGUCUGUUGGAAAAACAAUUAAUAGCCCUGUUACAGUCAUGUAGGACCAAGAAACAACUUCAUCAAAUCCAUGCCCAGGUUUUCUGUCAUGGCCUUGAACGAAACCAUUAUGUCGCUCCCAAAAUCAUCACAACUUGUGCUCAGCUCAAGGAAAUGGGACACGCCCAUAAAGCCUUCGACCACAUUCUCGACCCGAAUGUUUCACUCUGGAACGCCAUGUUCAGGGGGUACUCUCAAAAUGAAUUGAACAGGGAGGUCGUUCGUUUGUUCAGUCAAAUGAGAAGCAUGGGCGUGAUGCCUAACUGCUUCACUUUCCCUGUUGUGCUUAAAUCCUGUGGCAAGAUCAACGCUUUAAUGGAAGGCCAGGAAGUGCAUUGUUUUGUGAUGAAGUCCGGUUUUAAAGACGACCCUUUUGUAGGUACCACCUUGAUUGAAAUGUACUCAACCGGGGGAAAAGCUGGUACUGCUUACAAGGCCUUUGGCGAGAUGCUCGAGAGGAAUGUCGUUGCAUGGACCUUGAUGAUCCAUGGGUACAUCUCGUGUGGAGAUGUAGGCUCAGCGAGGCAUCUGUUCGACAUGGCUCCUGAACGUGACAUAGUGUUGUGGAACACCAUGAUCUCCGGUUAUAUAAAAGCUGGGGACAUGGCGGCUGCACGGGAGCUCUUCAAUGCCAUGCCCAAUCGGGAUGUUAUGUCGUGGAACACUAUGUUAAAUGGUUAUGCUAAUAAUGGUGAUCUAGAUGCUUGUGAAAUGAUGUUUGAAGAGAUGCCUGAACGAAACAUUUUCUCAUGGAACGGCUUGAUUGGAGGAUAUGCCCUCAAUGGCAAUUUCUUGCGAGUCUUGGCUACUUUCAAGAGAAUGUUAAUUGAAGGCACUGUGAGCCCAAACGAUGCCACUCUAAUGACUGUUUUGUCUGCGUGCGGUAGACUAGGAUCUCUUGAUUUGGGUAAGUGGGUACAUGUAUAUGCCGAGAGCCAUGGAUAUGGCGGGAAUACAUAUGUUGUCAAUGCUUUGAUCGACAUGUAUGCGAAAUGCGGGACGGUAGAGAAUGCCCUUUAUGUGUUCGUCAAUAUGAGCACGAAGGACUUGAUUUCUUGGAAUACCGUAAUAAAUGGUUUGGCAAUCCAUGGCCGUGGGGCUGACGCCUUGAGUUUGUUCGAGCAGAUGAAACGUGCUGGAGUAAAACCAGAUGGAAUCACAUUCAUAGGCGUCUUGUGUGCCUGCACGCAUAUGGGAAUGGUUGCAGAUGGUUUCUCGCACUUCCAGUCCAUGAUCGAUGAUUACUCGCUUGUGCCUCGAAUGGAGCAUUAUGGCUGCAUGGUCGAUUUGCUUGCUCGAGCUGGACUUUUGGUCCAGGCUGUUGAAUUUGUGAACAAGAUGCCCGUAAAAGCCGAUGCUGUAAUCUGGGCUACCUUGCUCGGAGCCUGCCGGCUACAUAAAAAUGUUGACUUGGCUGAAGUAGCCCUCCAUCAGUUAAAUGAACUUGAACCAGGAAAUCCCACCAAUUACGUUACGCUUUCGAAUAUAUACAGGGAUGUCGGAAAGUGGAAGGAUGUGGCAAGAUUGAAAGCUGCAAUGAAAGAUACCGGGCGUAGAAAACUUCCUGGAUGUAGCUUGAUUGAGGUCAAUGAUGAUAUUGUUGAGUUCUAUUCCCUGGAUGAGAGGCAUCCUGAUGGUCAUGAAAUAUACGAAGCCUUGGACGGUUUAAUAAAACUAUCAAGGUCAUCUGGGUAUGAAUCUGACUUAACUUCGUUUGAGCAGUGAACUUACAGAAGAAGAGGUACCUCUUGAAUAUUAGAAAUAUAUUUGGGAGAUUCUGUAUAUUUCUUGGAUUGUAAUUAACAUUGUAAUACUCCGUCACUUUAGCGAAGCCUGAUCUGAGAAAGCCUAUAGAAUCUGUUCCAUGAUGAAUGUACCAACAACAACCGCAUCAGCUGCAUUUUCUCCGUUUGUCCAUAGCCUUCAGUUGCUGUUUCGGCUGCUUGUUUCAAAGUGAAGAAUACUACCACCAGACUUGCUCUCCUCAAAUAAGCCAUGCCGUGAAGUUUCAUCACAAAUGGCGGCCGAAUGCUGCCUCACACGA